GUUGUCCAGAAGUUCAGCUGCUAUUCCCAUCUCCGCUUCACGGUCUUGCCUUACAAAAAAUCAGGCCUUCAAUCGGCUGAACAAAAUGUCUAGCGACGCAGCUCCCGACUCUGGAGCCACGGCGGGAGAAGGCCCUCAGGGGGGCCUGCAGCCCGGGGGCACGGGAGAGAAUGGGGAGAUCGUGGGGGGCCCUCGGACCCCUCAACAGAUGAUGGCUCAGAAGAGGAUGCAGCAAACGCAAGCACAAGUCGACUCGGUGGUGGACAUCAUGAAGGCCAACGUGGAGAAGGUCCUCGAGAGAGAUCAGAAGCUGUCGGCUCUGGACGAACGUGCAGACGCCCUUCAGCAGGGCGCUGCGCAGUUUGAACAGCAAGCCGGCGCCCUCAAGAACAAAAUGUGGUGGAAGAACAUGAAGAUGAUGAUCAUCAUGGGGGUGAUCGGUCUGGUCGUCCUAAUUAUCAUUGCGGGACCAUACUUAACGGGUGCUAAGAGUGAGGCUGCUCCAGCUCCAGCUCCAGCUGCUGCUGCUCCAGCUGCUCCAGCUGCUGCUCCUGCUUCAGCCGGGAACAGUUAAUCUCUUCAACAGUUACCUCGUCAACAGUUAACAGCAGUUAACUCGUUACCACUUGACUCUUCAACAGUUAAUUUCAUCAACAGUUACCUCUUCAACAGUUAACAACAGCAGUUAACUCGUUAUCACUUGACUCUUCAACAGUUAAUCUCAUCAAUAGUUAACUCGUCAACAGUUAACAGCAGUUAACUCGUUACCUCUUGACUCUUCAACAGUUUAUUUCAUCGACUGUUUGCGUCAACAGUUAACAGCAGUUAGCUCGUAUCACUUGACUCUUCAACAGUUAAUCUCUUCAAUAGUUACCUCGUCAACAGUUAACAGCAGUUAACUUGUUACCACUUGACUCUUCAAUAGUUAACUCGUCAACAGUUAACAGCAGUUAACUUGUUACCACUUGACUCUUCAACAGUUAACCUUAUCAACAGUUUGCGUCAAACAGUUUAAUUAUCAGCAGUAACCUCAUUACGAGUUGAUUAAUCAGCAGUUAAUCCCACGAACUUCUCACUUAUAACAGUUACACUUGGACAACCUAUAUCUAGGUCAAAAUUCAGGACUAAACCUAAAGACUAGGUUUGUGGUUCAGACCUGAACUUGAUGUUUAGUUUGGACAUUAACUCAAAGUUUAAGUUUUAGUUUAGACCUAAAAACCUCAUCAUAAUCAAUUACUUGCGACAAAUGAUAAUUGUUUCACGUCACGUUAAAAUUUUAAUGUGUACUGAAAAUUUAUUUCGAGCUGUCGCCUAAGAAGUUUAUUUACACAUCGGUGGGUUGAAGUUUCACCUUGUUUCAAAUUCCUAAUGUUCUGAAAAUUGAACGAUGAUAAGGAUGUAUUAAAUUUAAAGAUUAUUGCGUUAUAUUCAAAUUCAGGAGCAAUAAAGAAACCUGUGAUUCAACACAACCAUGUCCCAUGAUACUCACACUCAACAAAAUUCAACUGAACUCAACUUCAACCAAAUAUCAGUUGACGUAUAUGUGAAUAAGGAACAUCUUCCAUAAUAUUGAGAAAUAAACAUGCUCCGUGUCACUCAACCCAACCAUAUGUUCCAUGACUCAUCACAACCAUCACUUUUAUGGCUCGAACACAGCUGGUUCUUCUGUCUCUAAUAUUUAUUUGUUUCUCUAUUCUAUAUAUUAUUACACUAUGUUCUCUGUAUAUUGCCAAUACUUACUAGAACUUAGGCAAGUAAUUACGUUAUCUAUUAUUUUAUAGCAAGUCUAUUCAUAAUAGAAAUAUCAAUUAGCACCACAGUAGAUCCUUGUCCGUGAAUUUAUCUGGAGACACUCGAUCAUCAAGCAUGAUUUUUGAAGUAAUGCAAGACGAAUUGAAUUUUUCAAAUCAUUUCACAUUGUAACUUCCUCUUGCCCAUUGCUCGUCACAAAAUAGGAUACUGCUUCCAGGUUUAGAUAAAUGAAUGCUUUUAUUACAUAAAUAACGAAAAUACUGUACCGCAGCCUGUAUUUUUAAGAAACUUCAGUUCUAAUAUAAAAUAUAUCAUAUUAUUUAUAAGUAGGCAAUGUCCUUUUCUAGAUAUCAUUUCAACGCAUAUUUUAUCCCCGUUACCUCCUCUAAAAAUUGAAGUUCCCCAAACCAUCGACGUUUUGUACAAUUUAAUCGUUCAAAUAAUUUUCUUCUAUCCGGUAUUGUAUUUCAACUCGUAUUGAUUAUUAUCAACUCUAACCAUUUGAUUCAUUUUGAACAAAAAUAAGCCAGUAAAUAAAAAAAAUUAAAAUUUGUUUUUUAAUCUGUCUAGCAAGAAUAGAAUUCCAUUCUCGUAUUGUAUCUGUUAAAUCGCAUUAAGAAAGAUGCAUUGCAUGUCAAAAAGUCGACUUGUUUGGGCUCGUGUUAGCGGAGAAGUAUUUUAAUAAAAUAAUGUUGCAACAUUAUUCGAUAUCUACCGCAUUCAUAAUUUCUAAUGUUAUUUUCUCGUGUCAUUACUAUCGUUGUGAGUGGUUGCAUAGUUUACUAUACUUCCUGUAUAUCGUCUAUAUGAACAUUGUAACCAAUUUUUCAUAGAGAGUGUCCGUGUCCAUCUAGAAUUCUAGAUCAUUUAUAUAGUGCGAAUACAUCAUGUGAGAAAUUAUCGUAGUUUGUUCUCUCUAUAUGAACUGAUGUUAAUCUGGUUAAAUCGUGAUUAAUCAAAUGAUCUAGGUUAAACCAGCGAUUAAAUCUCUAAGGUUAAGAAGUGUGUAAAAUGCGUUUGAAGUGAGUCGAGUCAUGUUAACCGUGUUGUUGAGUGCUGAGUAUCGCUCUAUUUACCAUGCUAAAUACCUACAAUACUAUUAGGUUUUCGAUCUUGAUGUGUCAGAGAAGCUGGCGAGAAAUCGGUUUCUUUGCCGAUACGUUUCCCUCUGUGCUGGGGUAGCGACAGUUCCGCGACCGCUUACGAAGUUCGCUGGGAGAUCUGACAAAUUUGAAGCAAUACUUAUUCAAGUUGAGAUACAUUUCUCCAAAUUUCAGAACAAUUCUCCAAAUUUCAGAACAAUUAUCCAAAUUUCAGAACAAUUAUCGAAAUUUCAGAAUGAUUCUCGAAAUUUCAAAGUAGUAUAUAAAAUUUCGUGGGUGAUUUACAAAAGUUUAUAGAUAUUUUCGGAAUUCAAAAAAUCGCUUUUUGGAAUUUCUGAAAAGUUAUAGGAAUUUAUAUGAUAAGAAUUUAGUUAACUAAGCCCCAAGUGACAGGGAGGGUUCAGGUCCAGUCUCUCCUCGUCACUUUAAGGCUUAGGAAUAACACUGUCUAGUCCUAUUAAAUCUAUAUAACUUUAAUAUGCAGCAAAAUUCAAAUACAGCAAUGAAUUGUACUUAUUUGUGUGAUUUUCAUGCAUGUAUCGUCGGACAUUUAGGACUUUUAAAUUUACUUAUCCAUCAUCAACAAACCAGAUGUUGAGUUCAAUUUAUCAAAACAAAUCAUCUUUUACGUUUGACUUCUUCUAGAUCUAAAAUGUUUGAUAAUAAAGAUGACCAGGUAAUGCAAAAUUUACAACUUGAUUUGAAUCAAAUAAUUUUCACAAUUUGUUGACAUUCUUACGGGACACCGAAUACGGAUUUAAACAUAAGUAAAAAUUUGCUGACCAUACGUAUUCUUAUAUUAAUAUUGUUCAAAAGACUUCAGAACUUGUCAGAAGUCAUUAAUUAUCACAUGUUAUUUUGCGAAUGUCAGUUGCAGCUAGUUCUCCAUGAUGAAAAAAAAACAACGAAAAGGUUGUGAUUGAGGAUUUCAAUAACUCAAUAAAAUAAUAAAAAUUACUUUUUCAUAAACAUUUCAAUUUGACAGAACGCAAAGGUUCUGUUAACAGGCAUGUACGUAAGGUUGAGAGUAGCAUUUUGAUCGUAUAUUUGGUUUAAGGCAAGCCGGUACUCAGCGACAGUGGUCGUCGAUUUAUUAAGGAAAAAUCCUUUGAUGAAAAUUAAAUGGAAAACUUUCUACUGAUAUGGAAACAUAAAUAUCAAUUAAUAAAUAUUGCUCGGAUAAAAGGCACGUAAACAGCGACUGACCACUUGACUAGUAAACUAAUUAACUAAUUCCCUCGCGCAAUGCGGCAAAUAUUAACAAUUUUUAAGAUAAUCAUGUACGAUUAGUUCUAUCCAGAUAAAGUGUACAGUACAAGCCUACACUUGAACGCCUUGAAGACAUCAAUGUAACUUCCACAUUCUCGCUAUUACAAGUGUUCAGCCAAAAUUCACGGGUUUUGAAAGUAUGAUUCAGUUUAAUAUUCACUGGUACUGGAAGCAAAAAGUAACUCUGUCAUUCACAACCAACGGAGGAUGAUAGCCAAUCACUUGCAAACACUGGCACAACAUAAUAGCAUUGGCUAUUCAAGUUGAAUUAUUGAAUCUCAGCUUCCCGAAAUCGUUCCCAGCAAAGAUGGCUUCACAAUAUUGGCAAGAAUGACACCCAAGGAUUUUACUUUUGUUGCUACUAACAAUGUUGUACAGUGGCAUUAAAUGCAUGUUUUACAUGGUUAAUGAUGUUGCGAAAUGGUUAUUCGAGAAUUUUAUCCCUUAACUUGAAAUAAUGUUUACUAAUACUUGAGUUGUCCUUAAUAACAUCGUCGAUGGUAGAGACACUAUCAUUGAUCGAUUUAUUUAAUCGAUUAAAUUUUUCGCUGAUUUUUAUUUCAGAUGUCGAUCAAGCAUCUCUAUCGUCGUUAAUCGUUACAGUCAGCUUUCGCCUGAUCUCAGUAUCGUAUAAGGAUGUAAUCGUUGUUUAUCGUAAUGUGUGUGUUGUACAGUCCCACUUCUCUCAUUACACCUAUAUUUGCGUACUAAUUGCGUACGAGAUUACGUACGCGUUACGUUCGUAAUUAUGUACUGAGUACGUAUGGGUCACAUGCGUAAUCACAUACAGAUUACGUACUCGUUACGUUCGUAAUCACGCACUAUUUACGUAUUUUGACGUGCGUAAUCUCAUACAGAUAACAUACUCGUUACGUUCGUAACCUCGCUCUGUUUAAGUACAUUUUACCUGCAUAAUUACGUACUGAUUCCGUUCGCGUUACGUAGGUUCACUGAUCUGGCUGCUGUAUGUUACUAACUGCACGUGUUACACCUUGUACGUACCAUGGCUGGUAUACUUCAGUGCAGUACUGCAUGGUUCUCCAACACGGCAGCUGCGCAUUAUAACAACCAUGAGUUGAAUCAUUACAAUGAAUUAUAACGAAUAAUAAGCUGUUUAAGGGUAGCCGCUGAAUUGUCCGUUUCAUCAAUGUAACUUCCAUCUUACUUUGCAGUUAUUGCUCUAAAUUUUAUGUACAAUAACUCAAUACACGAGUACAUUGCAAUUGAAUUGAUUGCUUGCAUUUUACAAUACUCGUGUGUUCCAACAUCGCGCAGACUGCUACGGUUAGAUUACUAACUUCAAUUUCUAAGUUUCUUGUAAAUAUUAAUAUUACCGAUAAUAUUUAUUAUUUUAAUAUUGCUAACAGCGUUCGUUGUGGCAUGAUGUUUUCAUAUACAGGGAUGAUGAAGCAUGUGUAGGAAGCUGAAGCCGUAAUCGCAUGUCUUAAUUAAGAACAUCGUAUUUCUUCAGGACUAAUUUAUUGCAAUUUAAGGAGACUGUGCUUAUGUAAUGUACGCCUAAGAAGAUAUCCUGUCUAUUAUUCAUAUUUUAUUGUUAUUAUUGUAUUUGUAAUAUAAUUACUGAUAAUAUGUGUAAUAUGCUAAUGAGCAAACAAUUCAUAGUAAAUUAGUUUCCUGUUAGUUAUGUCCCAUGUAGAGUCGGUCCAACAGUAAACAUUCUGAUCACC